UACGCAUAUCGAAAAAAAAAAACAAAACAAAACCCCAACUUUUUAAAAACCAUAAAAAACGGUGUUUUGUGGCAGGCAGCUCUAAACCCGCCACAACGCACUCCGGAAUCUCUCUCCGACGCCCUUACCGUUAACGGGGUUUUUUUUGGACUAUUUUCAUGGUUACCGGAGUAUUAGAAAUGGAUGCUGAUAACAGUCUUCACAAGCAAGCUGCUGAAGUGUCUAAUGGAAGAGGCGAGAGCUCGCUUUCGCGUUCCGAUGCCAGCGAGGCACAGCCUAAUGCUAAAAGGGUUAGGGUGCAGAUGCAGAAGGAACUAACUUUUAAGGACAUGUAUGAAAACAAAGAGCUGUUUGAGGAGGACGAUGAGGAGGAUACUGAUUGGGAGCCGUGUCCGGUGGAGAAGUCUGUUGAAGUCAUCAAGUGGUUCUGUAAAAACUGUACUAUGGAUAACCUAGACAAUGAUAUCUGCUGCGAAGAAUGUGGGGAGCAUAAAGAUUCUAAAAUCCUAAGCCUUGGGCAUUUUGCAUCGCCCUUUGCACAAGAUGGAGGUCUGAAUGAGAUCCAACCAAGUAUAAAAGCAAUGAGAGAUUUUGACUCCCAGGAAUCAGCUGCAAACAGUUCUACGGCAAUUGGUUUUGAUGAAAGAAUGUUGUUACAUGCAGAAGUUGAAAAGAAAUCGCAUCCACACCCUGAAAGGCCAGAUCGACUUCGAGCAAUUGUUGCUAGUCUUACGAGAGCUGGUAUAUUUCCAGGGAGAUGCUAUCCAAUUCCUGCUAGAGAAAUCACUCAAGAAGAACUUAUGAUGGUUCAUUCUUCGGAGCAUAUUGAAUCUGUGGAAGUUACGAGCAAGUUAAUGUCUAGUUAUUUCACUUCCGACACAUACGCCAACAAGCAUUCAGCAUGUGCUGCUAGGCUUGCAGCUGGGUUAUGUGCUGAUCUGGCAUCAGCAAUUGUUUCUGGGCGUGUCAAAAAUGGAUUUGCUUUGGUUAGACCUCCUGGUCAUCAUGCCGGUGUAAAAGAUGUGAUGGGCUUUUGUCUUCACAAUAAUGCUGCAGUGGCAGCAUUGGCAGCUCAGGCUGCAGGGGCUAGGAAAGUUCUAAUUUUAGAUUGGGAUGUUCAUCACGGAAAUGGCACACAGGAAAUAUUUGAGAAAAACAAAUCAGUCUUGUAUAUUUCAUUGCAUAGACACGAGGACGGAACAUUUUAUCCUGGUACUGGAGGUGCUCAUGAGGUUGGUUACAUGGGUGCAGAAGGAUACUGUGUGAAUAUUCCAUGGAGUCGAGGUGGUGUUAGUGAUAAUGAUUACAAUUUUGCAUUUCAGCAUGUUGUACUUCCUAUAGCUUCUGAAUUUGCUCCAGAUUUUACCAUAAUAUCAGCAGGAUUUGAUGCUGCAAGAGGUGAUCCCCUAGGAGGUUGUGAUAUUACUCCCUCUGGCUACGCACAGAUGACACACAUGUUGAAUGCCCUAUCUGGUGGAAAAAUGCUUGUUAUUCUUGAGGGGGGCUAUAAUCUUCGAUCUAUAUCAUCUUCUGCAACUGCAGUAAUCAAGGUAUUACUGGGUGAGAGUCAUGUACCCGAACUGGAAAACAGUUUUCCUACCAAAUCUGGCCUGCAGACUGUUUUCGAAGUCCUCGACAUUCAGAAUAAUUUUUGGCCUUCCUUGAAACCUAUCUUUGAAUAUGUGAUGUCACUUUGGGAAAUGCGCUGUCUUGGAAAAAAAGGACAUAUGGCGCCAUUGACUAUCGAACAAAAAAAGGCCCUUCAUGCCAAGCAAAAAGUUGCUCGAGGUGAGAGAUGGUCUGGCGAUCCUUACACCCAUCUUGGCAGCCCAUUCGAAAAAGGAAAAAGGAAAAUGGGCGAUAGAGGAACCAUUAUCUCCACUCGCCCUUUAAAGAUCGUGAUUCCUGCCAUGGCUAGACAGGCAGACUCUACUUCUCAAAGCCACCCCUCUAUUGAAGUGCAACCCACCCCCACCAUCGAUUUAGAUGCACAACUGGAAAUUGUCGAUCUGGAUGGAAUGCCUAAGAAGAGGAAAUCCUCCUUUGCUCCCUUUGGGAAUAAGGUACAGUCCCUCUGGGACAAUGAUUUUGACGCCAGGAGUUUUCUGCAAGCGCGCUUGGAUUUCUCUAUUGACUUCCCUAAUGAUCAUCACAUGGCGGCUCAUAUGGGAGCCAGGCAAAUGUCGAAUGCACUGGAGACGCAUAUGUUAAGGGGGUUCCUGAUAGAACGCGCGAUGUUUGAGGCCCAUUGUCAGUCUGACAAGCUGGUAGCUGAUCUGAAAGUUCAAUUGAACACUCGGCGAGAGGUGGCGACUGAGGCUCAUAAUUCCCUGAAGUCCCUCAUUGAAGAGCGUGACCGACUGAAGGAAUCUAAGAAAAAUAAAAAUAAAAAGGCUAAAAAGCUUAAGGAAGAGCUCGUCUGUGUGAGAACGGAGCUGACAACGAUGAAGGAGUCUGCGAAGGCAGAGGCUUUCCUCAAGAACAUGCUGGAAGAAGACUUGGCUGACGCCCAGAAUGACAUCGUUGCCUCAGAGGACAGAGCAUUUGAAAAAGCGAAAGCCCAGGUGGCUUGCCUCUAUCCUGACCUAGAUCUUAGCAAACUUGACCUUUUCAAGGUUGUUAAGGAUGGCCAUCUAGUGGAUGAGGAAGAUCCAGUGUAUUAGAAGGUGACCCUCCUAGUGGGAGGAGAGAACGCCUCUUCUUCGAAGAGAAGCAAACAAUUGUGUCAUGCACGGGCCUCUUUUGUAACCACACCCUUCUGGGUUUAUUAAUGAAAACAUUAAGAUUUUGUGGCGAUUUGACUUAUGUUAUUAUGAUUUCUUCCUUUGUUAUUUCAAUUACUUUCGAGGUGUCUUUCUUUCAUGUUGCCCUGAUUGAAUAAAUUUUCCUCUUGGGGCGAGUCCCUUAAGCGAUUCUUGGGGCGAGUCCCUCUAGUGUUGAUUGGGGGACGAGUUCCUCAAGCGAUGUUUGGGGCGAGUCCCUCAAGUAUUGCUUGGGGCUAGUCGAAUUUACUUUGGUGAGGAUCCUUCAAUCAAGGUCCUGCAUUUAUGUGCCUGAUAUGACGACAAGGAUCCUUCAGUGAAGGUCCAACAUUCAUAUGCACGAUAAAGUGGCAAAGAUCCUUCAAUGAAAAUCCAACAUUCAUAUGUUUGAUAAGACGACGAGGAUCAUAUGCCUGAUAAGCGUGCAAGAAUCCUUCAAUGAUAAACGUUUCUCAUUAAAAAAUUAGUGCUGAUAGUUCGAACAUUGGCAGGAUAAACCUCAUUGCCUUAUUCAAUCGACAAAAACAUAACAAUUAACUCUAGUAAUAUCUCAGGUUUACUGAGUACCAGGUUCUGGGGGUGAGUUGUUCAUCCAAUUCUUCAAGCUUGUAAGCACCAUUUGGGAACUUCUGACGUAUGCGAUAUGUUCACUCCCAGUUGGGCAACAACUUCCUAAUUCGAGCAGGCACCACAAUCUGUUUAAGUACAAGAUUGCCUUCCUUAAUCUCCCCUUGGGAUUACAUUGGAGUUGUAUCAUAUGACGACUCUUUGCUUUGCUACAAACUCGUGAGUAUAGACGAUCUCUCUGGCUUCAUCGAUAAUGUUUGAAGUCACUCUCAGUCUGGCUUCAUUCUUGUUCUUGUUAGAAACUAAGCAAGAUGUAAGUUCAAUCUCUGAUUUCAUAUAACAAAAUCCUCAUAUUUUCAGAAGUUUGUUACAAUGAGUGAUGUCACCUUGUUAUUUAUAGAGUAACAAGGUGAUUUGCUAUAGUAGGUAGACGACCUAUACACAUAGAACUGACAAAUGUAAGUACACCUACACCAACUUUAGUUAGUUUACAUGUAGAUUGCAUAGGUGUGUUGACAGAAGUGCAGUCAAGCAUGUUGGUUUUUAAUAAAAGAUCUUUGAUGUACUUGGUCUGAGUUAGCACAAGAGAUUGAGAGGCACCCUUUUUAACUUCAAUACUAAGAAAGUAGUUGAACUCACCUAAGUGUUUAAGUGAGAAAUCUACAUUCAGCUUAGAGAUAAUAAGACUGUACAAGGGCAGUGGAGCUUCCAGUGAUGAUGAUGUCAUUAACAUAAACCAGAAGCUAUAUUGUGUGCCCUUGAGAGAAUUGGAUGAAAAGAGGUGGAUCACACUUGCUUGGCUUGAAUUGAAGCCGAACUAAGGCAACUUGUAACCUCUCAAACCACUGCCUUGGAGCCUGCUUAAGACCAUACAUAAACUUGUUUAGUUUGCUCACCAGAUCAAAAUUUGAGCUUUCAAAACCCUUUGGCUGAACCAUGUAGACUUCCUCAUCUAAUAAACCAUUUAGGAAUGCAUUGUUCACAUCAAGCUGCUGAAUGGACCAAUUGUAGGUGAGUGCAAUAGAUAGAAUGAUCCUAAUGGUAAUAGGCUUUACUAUAGGAGAUAAUGUCUCAUUGAAGUCAAACCCUUCUCUUUGGUGAAAUCCCUUAGCUACAAGUCUAGUCUUGUAUCUGUUAACUGUGCCAUAAGGAUUUUCUUUUAUCCUGGAAAUCCAUUUGUUGCCAAUAGUAUGCCUUUGAGGAGGAAGAGGAAGUAAAGUCCAUGUAUUGUUGAUCAUGAGAGCAUAUACUUUGCUUGCAUGGCUGCCUUCCACUGCAAGUCAGCAAGAGCAUGCAUAUACUUUGCUUGCAUGGCUGCCUUCCACUGCAAGUCAGCAAGAGCAUGCAUAACUGUCUUAGGAUCAAAGAGGGUAAGCAAAAGUUUAGGUUCUAGUCUAGGUUGGGAAAAGCCAGAUUUGACUCUAGUCUGCAAAGCAUUACUACUGGCUGGUCUAGCAUCAACUGGAACAACCUUAGGAGGAAUAACAACAUGAGCAGUGGACUCUGAAUUAGUUGAGCUAUAAGACUCAGCAUGAGACAUAUGCUGAGUGGAACCUGAACCAGGAGAAACAGAGAGAGAGAGGCCGGGGAAGAAGUAACAUCCUUUGAAGGAGAAGAAGUUGUGGAAGUACUUUGACUUUCAGUAUGUGCAGUGGUGGAUAUUCUGGCAUGAUUAGAGGACUCAUAGGGAUUGUUAGCUCCUGCAGUUGGGUUUGAAGAAACGUUCUGAGUAGAUAUAGAGGAUGGCCUAGGAGUGGAAUCUGAAUGAGAAUGAAGGAAACAUGGUAGAGGAGAAAGAGAGACAUCAAAUGAGGAGGUAUGUGUGACAGUUGGAGUGGGAGAUAGAAACAGUUCAACAUAAGAAAAUCUUGACUCAUUAAACAACACAUCUCUGGAAAUAUAAAGCCCAUUAGGGGCUAGGCACCUAUAUCCUUUGUUAGAUGUGGAGUAACCUCUUGAGACCUAAAAUCAAGUUUAUGACUGGUGUAUGGCCUUAACAGAGGAAAUCAUGCACACCCAAACACUUUGAGAAAUGCUUAGUCAGGCCUGAGGUUGAACAAGAGGGAAUAAGGGAUUUGAAAAUUGAUGGAUGCAGAGGGAAGUCUGUUAAUGAGGUAAACAACAAUAGAGAAAGCAAAGUCCCAAUAAGUGAGAGGCAGAGAGGCUUGGCUCAGUAGAAUGAGACCUGUGUCUAUGUUUUCUUUCUAUCACACCAUUUUGAUGAUGUGUUGUGAGGGCAAAUAACUCUGCAAAAUUCCUAGUUCAGACAGAUACUUGUUAAAUGGUCGAAAUUCCCCUCCUCUGUCAGAUUGAAAGGCUUUAAUAGGCAACCAUGUUGUAAUUCAGCCAUAAUCUUAAAUUGUUUGAAGAUAGAUAGGGCAUCAGGUUUACUUUUAAGAAAGUAAAUCCAGGUGAACUUAGUGUAAGCAUCGACAAAAGGACAUAUAGUAUUUGAAGCCUAAGGUAGAUGCAUUAGGAUAUGGUCCCCAUAGAUCACCAUAAAUUAAUUCCAAUGGUUUGGAGUGUGUUGUGUGUGAGGGUGAGGAUGGAAUUCUAUGGGGUUUGUCCAUACAACAAGCUAAACAAAAGGAAGCACAAUCUUUAUUAUUGAAUGAAGCAUUACAACUUUGUAGUAGCAUGCAUAUUGGGAUGUCCUAACCUGAAAUAACAUUACAACUUUGUAGUACAAGUUUGAGGGCGUGCAUAUUGGGAUGUCCUAACCUGAAAUGCCACAUAGUGGUAGGACUAGUACUAACAAAUGUAGAAUCAACACUAGGAAACAAUGAGCUAGAACAAAAGAUUGGGAGCAGUCUUGGGACUAGAGUUGGACAGGUUGAUAAAAGAAACUCAUAUCGUCCAUCAGUUCCAACAGCACCCUCAAGUAACCCUAAACCCUAAACCCUAAACCUUGGGAGCAGUCUUGGGACUAGAGUGUUAGACUCUUGAGUUUUGUAACUGAUAUUAAAUUAUUAGGAGAGUUAGUGGGUAAUUAUUAGAAUUAUUAUAUUAUUAAUUAAGAGUGUUUAGAUUUAGAAUAAAUAGGGGAAGACAUUGAGGGAGUUGAUCAUCUUGGAAUUGGAUAGGAAAAGAGGCCAUUUUGGCAUUGGGAGGUGCAGACCCUCGAAGUUCUGCGGUACUGUUGUGUAAUUCAAAGGGGCUUUCCCUAUUUUCUUUUAUAUAUCAGUUGGUUUCUAUCAUAGAGCUGGGCAGAUUGGUGCAAAUUCAAAAGGUAAACCUUCUAGAACGACAUCAGUUGAUGUGAACUAGGAAUUGGAUCACCAAUUGAUGCAAGUGCAUCAACUAUAUUGAGAAUUUUGAGCAAAUACUCUAAUAGUUCUCAUUUAACUACUCACGACACCAUGUGGGCGUAUCAAUCACCAUUGGCAACUUGGUGUCUGUGUCAUAAACCAUCUUGAAAUGACGUUUCCUCAGUGGUUGAGUGGGACAUUGUAUGAUAUGAGCACUUAACCUUUGUUGACAAUAUAUUAAAUAUGACCGCACACCUUAAGCAAAAAAAUGUUAGAUCAAACGAAAUUAAAGAGAAGAAAUAUACCUCGUGCAGUUGUUCGACCCAUAUACCCUUGGCGUCAUCUAACUUCUUUAUCCUACACAUGAUCACCUAGUUGGCUGAUUCUGCCUCUCCAUUCGCCUGCCGGUGGACGACUGAAACGAACUUUGUCUGAAUUCCUAGUUGAUGACAGAAUUCUACCACGAUAGAGCUGGCAAACUGGGUUUAAUUAUCUGAGACAAUACUCCUUGGCAAACCGAACAUGCAAAUGAGUCACUUCUAGUAGAAACGAAACACCCUUGUGAUUUUGGACGAGAUUUCAGCCUCUGUCCAUUUUUAGAAGUGUUCCACCUCCGAUCAAAAACUUCAGCAAACCCAACGCUAUGGGGAAAGGACGCAGGAUAUCCACGCCUCACUGGUAAAAGAGCCAAGGGGACGUGACGAAAUGGAGAAUCUCGGCUGACGUGUGGAGGAGGUUGGAAUGCCUUUGGUAUUUGUCACAUAUUUUGUCUAAGUCAACACUGUCUUUUAUCAGGGUCGGCCAAUAAUAACCAACCCUCAGUUGCUUGUGGGCAAGUGCUUGCUCACCAAUGUGACUUCUGCAUACCUCUUUGUGGACCUCAGUAAGAACCAAGGCGGUCUCAUCCUCGACCUAACAUCUCAGCAUUGGGGAGUCUCUUCCCAUCUCGUACAACUUUUCUCCUACCAUGGUAUAUUUCGCAGCUAAUCUUCUGAUCCUCUGUGUUUCGGUUUCUCUUAAGGAAGCUCCUGCGUUGGCAAAUAGUGAACUAUUGGGGUUAUCCAGAUUUGGGCGUUGGCAAUGCUUUUUUGUGCUGGGCGUAGGUUGAGUUUUUUGUAUUACUGUUUUAUUAUGACCUGGCUUCUUGGUGCUGGGGAGCUUCGAUAAGAGAUUUGCUGGAGCGUUCUGCUCUUAGGGCACAUAAAUUAUCUUAAAGAACUUGAACUUUUUAGCUUAGUCUUGGACUCUCUAGAGAUAUUUGACGAGUUGGGUCUCCUUCGUUUAAUACUCGCAUGUUACUUGAUUGGCGAUUAAUUGGGAGUCGCUUUGGGCUAUGAGAUUUGAGGCGCACAUCUCUAUGGUGAGGUUCAUUCCGAUGAUGAGGGCCUCGAUCUCAGUUUGGUUAUUGCUGAUCCUAAAUUCAAACCUCAAGGAUUGUUUUUUAAGGAUGUUGCCUGGGCCUUCCAAUACUAUCCCGUCGCCACUGCCCUUAAGGUUUGAGGGACCGUCAACUGACAAGAUCCAGACAUGCGAGACCUUCUCACUUACAAGGGACCUGAGCUCUGUCAAGAAUGUCGGCCAGAACCUAAGUUUUGAUCCUGCCUCUCGGGAAGAAAUUGAUAUCAUACUUUGACAACUUAACUGGCCAAGACACCAUUCUGUCUGCCAGAUCAGACUUAUUCAGAAUUUGACAGAUUUGAUAGUUCGCACUCACUCGGCCACUCGAACCUCUACUUUAGAGUAGCAAAAAAGUGGAAGGAUUUGUCGCAUGCACAUGAGAGAAAUCUGGACAAGGCGGUCAAUCGCCCCUGUUAGCUGCUGGACCUUUCAUUGAGGUGGGGCCUCUCAUAUCAAUGAUGGCCACACACUUGUCAGAGUUUUCUUUUAUUCCCCUUCUAGUCAUCACUCGGCCACUCGAACCUCUACUUUAGAGUAGCAAAAAAGUGGAAGGAUUUGUCGCAUGCACAUGAGAGAAAUCUGGACAAGGCGGUCAAUCGCCCCUGUUAGCUGCUGGACCUUUCAUUGAGGUGGGGCCUCUCAUAUCAAUGAUGGCCACACACUUGUCAGAGUUUUCUUUUAUUCCCCUUCUAGUCAUCACGAAUCUCAAGAACUUUCCUGCCUGAACCCCGGAAGAACAUUUGGCGGGUUCACACAGAUUGUAACUCCUGACCGAUUUCAGGAUCUCGUCUAGGCCACCACCGUGAUUUCCUCCUUCCAUGGUCUUAACGACCAUGUCAUCAAUGUACACUUCUAAGGUGUGUCCUAUUUGAUUGGAAACUACGACGUUCAUUAAUCUCUAGUAGGUGGCGCCGGCGUGCUUCAGUCCAAAGGGCAUAACGUUCUAGUUGUAAUUACAGUUGUUUGACACGAAGGUCAUCUUGGGCGCGUCUAAGGGGUCUAUCUGUAUCCUGAUGAUCUUUCUAUCAAUCUGUCGAUGUUUGGCAACAUAUAAAGAUCAUCAGGACAUGUCAGGUUUAGAUCAAUGAAAUCUACAUGAAUUCACAACUUAUGGGAUGACUUUCAAACCAACGCCACAUUUGCUAACCAAGUCGGAUACUUGAUCUCUAUAAUGAAACCUCCCUUCAAUUUUCCUAACUCUUCGCCUAUGGGCGCCCCUUUCUCCUUGCUAACCUUAUGGUUUCUGUGUUACUGGUUUCAUUGUGGGAUUGUUGGCGAGGCGGUGACAUACGCAUUGAUGUGCUCCCGCGGAUCGCUCUCUCUGUCGAUGACUAUGAGGGAUGUCAGCUUGAAAUUUUCUGGCACAUGUGCAUCCCAAAUUUCAUUAGGGAGGGGCUGGGGGGAUCUAGGAUCUCCUCGGCCUCAGGUGGAUUGUCGUCGUGUCGCUGUUGUUGGAGAUGCAAAACGUUGUCUUGCUAGGUUUUGUUGGCACGACAUAAUUCUUCUAUAAUGUUCUGCAUCUGCGUUAUGGUUUCUUCAUUGCUGCUGCUGCUGGCGGUGUCUUGUCACACUAUUGUGGGAUAGUGAUAAAGGCAGUUAGUGUUUUAGAUGAGAUUGCGGUCCAUGUUAGUUUUAAUGGACUCCACGGUGGACUCCAACUGUACUUAUGGUUAGUACAAUAGAGAUUACCCCUGCCUACAACGAGAUGCCAAAAGAGCCCUUUUUUAAAUUCUGAUCUGAAAAAAGUGAAUCUCUCAGCUGAAGGGCUGGGGUAUUUAUAGAUUUGGUGUCCCAUUCGGGUUGCUGCGAGGAUCAUCUCAAACGCCUAUGAACUUAGUCAUGUGUCCCCCACCUUGACUAGAUAGUGGGAGUGAGUCGGGCUAGUCAUCAUCCAAAAUAGAGAAUGUAAACCUAUAAUGGUUUCUGUUACUGCCCUAAUACAUGAAUUGACACGUUCUACCAAGAUCCAUAGUUGGAAAAUAUUGGACCGAGCAAGAAUGAGUGUUGGGCCGGAGUCAGUUCGUGUCUUCACCACAUGACCCUGCUCGUUGGUGCCCUGCAAUCUCCAUGUUCUAAUCUGGUCAAAUGAUUAAUGGGCAGACCUCUCUGAGCUCAUGGGGGCUUUUCCAGUUCAAUAUCAUUUAAGAGUUAAAGAGUUGAUGGGACUAGCUUAUGGGGCUGACCAAUGAUAUUCCGUCCACAGUCCUUCAAUCACAAGUUGUAGACAAACAGACAAAAAAGAGACGCCGAAUUUUGGUACCAAAAUGGUGGAAGUGGGGUCGUAGAAGUUUCUUAUUCCGAAUGCUGAACAGUCAUCGCCGUGUAAAAUCAAAACGACUUUGUUGAGCUGAAUUUUGAAGUACAGGAAUACCUAGUAGUUAUCAGCAUGUUGUAUAUUCCAUCUUGAUUGCAGAUAACAUAUUUUUUGGUUGACCUUGUAAGUGCUUAAGGUUGACACAGAAAUUGGGAAAGAGCAGCUUAGAAGAAACCUCUCGGGUAGGUAAAGGAUACAAAUGACUUCCUUGUUCCUUGUUUGAAUAUUUAAGAAGCUAUUGACAUGAUAAUGUGAGGAAUUAAUCGUUUUUGUACCUGUUAUAAAAGCAAACUGACUUAUAACUUGUAAGCAUUGCCUUUCAGUUUAAUGCUUGCAGAAUUUUCCGUUCUUAAUGUGUGUAUUGUUUGCUUGUCAAGAAGUCAUAGUGUAAGUUCAUUCUUUUGGUAGAAGAAAAUUUGAAAAUGAGGUUAGAAGUGGAGUAUUCCAUCAUCCAAUCUGCUAUGUAAAGCAGGUUAGAAGUUAUAAUGAAAGCAAAUAAGUAGAUAUGUACCAUUAAUGACAUUCAUUAGAUGAAAUGAGCUAUAUAUGGAUCUUGUCUGUAAUAAUUUAUAGCUUGCAACGCUCCUUGUAUGAGAUGGAACUGUCAGAAGA